AAGAAUAAAUACUACAUGAUUAAAUACAGCGGUAAAAACUAUAAUCGAGUUUCCGUUUCAUAACCUACAGUUCUUUUACGAGUGUGCAGUUAAACAUGGCAGUUGGUAAAAAUAAGGGACUGUCGAAAGGCGGUAAGAAGGGAGUUAAAAAGAAGGUUGUGGAUCCAUUCACAAGAAAAGAUUGGUACGAUGUUAAAGCACCUUCAAUGUUCCAUACACGCCAAAUUGGCAAAACUUUGGUCAACCGAACCCAAGGUACCAAAAUUGCAUCUGAAGGUUUGAAAUUCAGAGUAUUCGAAGUAUCUUUAGCUGAUUUACAAAAUGAUAACGGAGCGGAAAGAUCUUUCCGUAAAUUCCGUCUUGUUGCCGAAGAUGUCCAAGGACGUAGUGUAUUGACAAAUUUCCAUGGUAUGGAAUUAACAACCGAUAAAUUACGUUCAAUGGUACGUAAAUGUCAAACGCUAGUUGAAGCUUCAGCUGAUGUACGAACAACAGAUGGUUACCUUUUACGAGUAUUCUGCAUUGGAUUCACAAGCAAAGAUCAAUUGUCACAACGGAAAACAUGCUAUGCCCAACACACACAAGUGCGUGCUAUUCGCAAAAAGAUGGUAGAAAUUAUUACACGUGAUGUGACAAAUUCAGAUUUAAAAGAAGUAGUUAACAAAUUAUUGCCUGAUUCAAUUGCGAAAGAUAUUGAAAAGGCAUGUCAAGGAAUCUAUCCUUUACAUGAUGUUUAUAUCCGUAAAGUCAAGGUAUUAAAGAAACCACGUUUUGAACUUUCCAAAUUAUUAGAAUUACACGGUGAUGGAGGACGGUCCGGUGGUGAAGGUGGUACCGCAGCAACUGGUGAUCCCCUUGACAAACCUGAAGGUUAUGAACCACCAGUUCAAGAAUCCGUUUAAAAGGGAAUCGCUCUUGGUGUUUUGUAUUGUAAAAAGAAUGAUUCUAAUAAAAAUAAUUUAAAAAAAUCUUUAAAAAAAAACC